AUGAAUAGUCAAUAAAGAAAUAACAAUUACGAUAUAUGGUUGGAACUUGAUAUUUGUACAAUUUUACGUAAGUUCUACGUGAGAUUUCCUUCUUUCAAAACUUGUUGAAAAUAUGGUAUGCUGAAAAGUAGAAUAAAAAUAAUCUAAUCUAUUGAAAAAACUGUGUACACAUCACAAUACACAACGCGGCUAAAAAAAUAAUGUUCAGGGAGUGUUUAAUGAUUUUAUUAGCUUUUCUAGUCGCAUUAUCACUAGAAAAUGAGGAGUGUACUAUUUGCUCAGAAUCUGUUUCUGAAUUUAACACAAUGGAGCCAUGUCAGCACAAAAUUUGCUAUAUCUGCGUAACUAAAAUUAUGAGUUCGAGUAAUUCUACUUGUCCCUUGUGCAGGCGUAAUUUUCUCUGGACAAAAGGCGCAAAAACACACGAAGAAGAACUCUCAAUUUUAAAGGUGGCUGUUAUGGAUAAAUCGAUUACUGUCGAAAAAAUCAUUUCGUAUUUUUAUAUUCUUCCACCUUGGCAAUAUGCCGAUGAUCAAAUGUUGGACGACAUUGGAGAAAUUAAAGACUCGUAUCCUUCUGAAGAUAUAUCCAUGUUAAUUGACUUUAUACGAAAUGGUUGUUUUAAUUAUACUAUCGAAGAAGAUGUGGAGCAACGUCGUAAGUAUUUCCGCAAAGAACCUAAUGAUGAAGAAAAAAUUAUAUUGCAAAAUUAUUAUAUAAGAAACGAUCUUAACGUUCAGAACGAAUUUAAUGCACGAAAAAUUAUGUUCUAGCAAAUAAAAGUUUGAUAACUCGUGUGUUAAUAUCAUAAAAAAUACAGUUAACGACUGUUGAUUAACUUAGUAUAUAUUUUUAUAUUUUAUUGAAAAUAAAAAUUUAUCUUUCCA